UGUAUUGAUCAUUUGCGGUUUGCUUGUAUGUUGUAGAUUGGUGUUUUUUCUAUGAAUAAUUUGUAUGAGAAAAUUGAUGUUAAACUUUUAUUUUGAAAAAAAUUUGUUAUUGUAAAUUUUUUAUCACAAAAAUCCACGGGUACCCAUGAACCCGUGGAUACCAAGCGGGUUGGGUUGGGUUUGAGUUUUUCAAACCUGGCGGGUUUUACCCUGGAUUUUUUUGGCGUAUAAACCCAUGAGCUUGGAUUCGGGUUUGACAAAACCCGCCCCAACCCGACCCAUUGUCAUCAUCGUAAACAGACAAAAGAAAACAUAUAUCAAAUAAUGCUACAAAAUGGUGGUAGCUAGUCGCACUCAUGGCAUCCUGUCCACCAAACACUGCAUCCAUCCACCUUAUCUUGUAAAUGACAAACAAGCCCUCUACCCAAAAACUUACUUCUUCUCCUUCUCACGAACCAACCAAUCCACAACAUCAUUAAGGAAAUGUUACUGAUCAAACCAAUUGGCUUGCCAAAGGGAAGAUGGGUAGUAGCGCCAGCACCAGAAGCCCUCAAACGCCUGCAGGUGACGGCGAUCCAAAGACGGCCCUUGACAAGCCCUGCUACUGCGAGUACGAAUUCAUUACACAAAUUGAAGGAGAAGCUUUGUGGUCCUUGUACUACUACUGCCGCCGGCAGGAGACGGGCGAGAUGGGACAGCAUCGCCGAUGAAGAGGACGAAGAGGAGAGUAAAGAAGACGAAGAAUACAAUCAAGAAAUUGCGAUGCUGGAAUUCUACACGCAGCGUAGCAGAGGGGAAGCUCUGGUUGUCCAUGCCUCUGUGGAUGGCCAGCUUGUGGAAGUCCUCAUCUUCAGAGGAUUCUCGUCGUGCUUUAAUUACGGGACGGCGGCGGACCCGUCAAAGAGCGUUAUUCCGGCGAGGGCAGUGAUUAAGUGGGUAGACAGGAUUAAGGGGCCAUUUGAUCCUUCCAACAUUGAGUACUUGGAGAAAGAGAUCGGUUGGGAUUCAUUCAAGGCACGUCUUGCUGCUUCUUCCCCUGUUCAAUAACUCUGUAAUUUCCUGUUGCCUAACUCGAAAUUGUAUACUCCCCCAUGCAAACGUGAUCCUUAAAAUUACUGUUUUCGUCACUUUCUAGUUAACAUAAUAAAACCAUUACAGUAAAUUAAUAUUAACCACCGUUCAUGUGUGAUUGCACAGAAUGCUACAACUUUUUAGGCUUAAUGAUAAAUGAUAAUUAAAGGAUGGGAUGAUUAUACCUUUGUGGUCAAUGCUUCCAUUUUGAUUAACCACUUCCACACCACAACCCGAAAAUUUUGUGAGAGAUACAUAUUUUGUCGAUACAGAAAUUUUGGAUUUCGGACCUCCGACACACCUUCGAUAAUUGUAAUCGCACACUUUCAAUACAUUUCAAUAAAUGGCGUGUCAUGGCUUAUGACAAAUUAAUUAUUUUUUAUUUUGAUUCAAAAAUAUCACAAACAAUCUCAUGCCCUUAAUAAAACCCAGUGUUCCCUUUACUCCUUUUGAUUUUACUUUCCAAUUUUUUUUAUUUGAAAAGAUGAAAAAUAUUUCUCAUACACACUAAAAAUACAUGAUCAUCUCCUUAGUCCUUAAGAAAAUAUGGCCACCUCCUUACCCCUGCAUUGCAUCUCUCUUCCCUCCGUUCCACCCUUCAAUUGCUAGUGCCUAGUGUCACGAUCCGGAAUGAGUCUCCUCCCGUGAACUAGUUGGCAGAGCCCUCAUUCUCGUUCAAACUUUCAUGUUGACGUCUGUCGUCACCCUUCCAAUCUUAGCUUCUUCAUAUGAAGUUAGUGUUGGCUUCAUCUAUUACAAUUGCAAGUUGCAAAAAAGACUUUUAUGCUAUGAAGUUAAUUAACAACAAUUUCCAAAUUAAGUUUUAUAAAUGACUGUUUAGUUUUGUCGAAAAAAAAGUUUUAUUUGCAACAGAAGCGGUAAAUAUAAUUUAAAAACCUUUAAAGUCUAUGGUUUGAUGUAAAAAUAGUGCAAUUGUGAACAGUACGAGUUCAAUUUUAUUUUAUUUAUUUAAUAUUUUAAUUAUAUAAUAAUUUUUAUCGGUCGACGCACCUCUUCAAGAAUUCUGGAGCCGCCACUUCUUCUAAGUCUCUUGGAUUCGUUUUUAUGAUAGCUGAGAGACUCAGGAAGAGAAUGUUUCGGAACCUAAAACUUAAAGAUAUGUAUAGCCACGACGUUCGGAGUUUAUCUUUGCAUGGGUUACGAUGGAGCAAACCAUUGGCGUAUCAUAUGGAAAGUCCAAAUAAGCAUCAUAUUAUAAACUAGCUUUGACCCUGCCCUUUGGGCAGGUAACCCUUUUCUUUGUUGUGUAUAUAUACAAUUGGACUAUAUUAGCAUUUAAAAUAACAAAUUUCUAAAUCAAGUGAAUAGUUUUCGAGAAACACCAAAAAAGGAAAACAAGCAUGCAUCUCAAUUUUCAAUUUAGUCCAAAGGAAGGUAUGUCCAUCUUGAGUCGAUUUAGAGGGAAGUCCAAUGAUGUAUCAUAUUAGAAAUGUCGAGAGAGUUUAGAUUCAGUCUCUAUACGUUGAUAACGCUAAGGUAAAUUUGCCAGAUGAUGAGAAUGAGUGAAAUGAUGGUCAUGCAAGAAAAUGUAGGGAGAAUGGAAGGAUUUUUUUGUUUAUGUGGAUACACUAAAUUUUGUAAAAGUUU